CGGAAGUACAACACCGUUCUGUUUCCGCUAACGCCAUAGCCGUUUCAAUUGGUGGCAUAACUGAGAUUACCGCUGUUCUGGUCCAGAAGGCCAAAUAGCGCAAGAGUCAUGUUGCGACUGCCGACUGUUGGCCGAGCUCUAGCCGGAGCCGCCAAGGGCAGCCUGGCUUCAUCCACCCCAGUGCGUACUCCAGCACGUGCAGCCAGCAACUUGGUGGAAGUGUUUGUGGAUGGGAAACCAGUGGAGGUGGAGCCUGGAACUACUGUGCUGCAGGCCUGUGAGAAGGUAGGAGUCCAAAUCCCCAGGUUCUGUUACCAUGAGCGCCUCUCUGUGGCGGGAAACUGCCGUAUGUGUCUAGUGGAGAUUGAGAAAGCACCAAAGCCAGUAGCAGCCUGCGCCAUGCCCGUCAUGAAAGGCUGGAACAUCCUCACCAACUCAGAGAAAACUCGCAAAGCCAGAGAGGGAAUAAUGGAGUUCCUGUUGGCCAACCACCCACUGGACUGCCCUAUUUGUGAUCAGGGAGGCGAGUGUGACCUGCAGGAUCAGUCCAUGCAGUUUGGGUCAGAUCGCAGCCGUUUCUCAGAAGGAAAGAGAGCAGUGGAGGACAAAAACAUCGGGCCUCUCAUUAAAACCAUCAUGACCCGCUGUAUCCAGUGCACACGCUGCGUCCGUUUUGCCAGUGAGAUCGCCGGCGUUGAGGACCUGGGAACGACGGGAAGAGGAAAUGACCUGCAGAUUGGGACGUACGUGGAGAAGAUGUUCAUGUCUGAGCUGUCGGGCAAUGUUAUCGAUGUCUGUCCUGUGGGAGCGCUCACCUCCAAACCCUACGCCUUCACUGCAAGACCGUGGGAGACCAGGAAAACUGAGUCAAUUGACGUGUUGGACGCUGUCGGCAGUAAUAUUGUCGUGAGCACACGAGGAGGUGAGGUGAUGAGGAUAUUGCCCAGGCUCCACGAAGACAUCAACGAAGAAUGGAUCUCUGAUAAGACCAGGUUUGCAUGUGAUGGUCUGAAGAGACAGAGGUUGACCCAACCAAUGGUGAAGGAUGAAUCAGGUCAGCUGACCCCGACCACCUGGGAGGAUGCUCUCACUCGUGUUGCUGGAGCACUGCAGAGUGUGCAGGGCAAUGAGGUAGCAGCCAUAGCAGGAGGGAUGGCAGACGCUGAAGCUCUGACCGCCCUCAAAGAUCUCCUCAACAGACUCAACUCAGAAAACCUCUGCACUGAGGAGCUCUUCCCUAUGGCAGGCGCAGGCACUGACCUCCGCUCCAACUACCUGCUGAACUCUCGCAUCACCGGCAUUGAGGAAUGUGACCUGCUGCUGCUCGUGGGAACGAACCCUCGCUAUGAAGCCCCACUGUUCAAUGCUCGAGUCCGCAAGAGCUGGCUCCAUAAUGAGCUGCAGGUUGCCAUGGUUGGCCACAAGGUCGACCUGAGUUACACAUACGAUCACCUGGGAGAGGACACCUCAAUCCUGAAGCAACUGGCUAAUGGGACACACGCCUUCUGCAAGGUCCUUUCAGCUGCUAAGCAUCCAGUUGUGGUUGUGGGCAGCAGCGCUCUGCAGAGAGAAGAUGGAGCUGCCAUUUUGAGCGCCGUCUCCACCAUCGCUCAGAAUGCCAGAGCCAGCAGCGGAGUGGAGGAGGGUUGGAAAGUCCUCAACGUCCUUCACAGGGUGGCCAGUCAAGUGGCUGCCCUUGAUCUGGGCUACAAGGCUGGAGUGGAUGCCAUCAGGAAGAAUCCCCCUAAAGUGCUUUUCCUUCUGGGAGCUGAUGCUGGCUGCAUCACCAGAGCUGACCUCCCCAAAAACAGCCUCAUCAUCUACCAGGGUCAUCAUGGUGAUGUUGGAGCAGCAAUGGCAGACAUCAUCCUGCCUGCUGCUGCAUACACAGAGAAAAAUGGCACUUAUGUCAACACUGAAGGCAGGAGCCAGCACACCAAGGUGGCUGUGACUGCUCCUGGAAUGGCCAGAGAGGACUGGAAGAUCAUCAGAGCUUUGUCUGAACUGACUGGCGUAACGCUGCCCUACGACUCUUUAGAUGAGGUCCGAUCCAGGCUAGCCGAGGUUUCUCCUAACCUGGUCCGUUAUGAUGAUGUAGAGGAGGCGAACUACUUCAAACAGGCCAAUGAGCUCGCUAUGACUGUCAACCAGGACCUCUUAGCAGCUCCUCUGGUGCCACCUCAGCUCACAGUAAAGGACUUCUACAUGACAGACUCCAUCAGCAGGGCUUCCCAAACGAUGGCGAAGUGCGUCAAAGCGGUCACAGAAGGAGCCGCGGCCGUCGACGAGCCUUCUGUCUGCUGAACGCCUGAUGACAACAACCGACAUAAGAACAACAACUCUGCCUUUUUCCUCUGAAACACACUUCUCUGAACUUUGCGUUUCUCCAUAAGUUAAAGUCGCCCUCGAUGCUUGUGUAUACCGUUGAAUCGUUUUCGGCUCUGAGAACGAGCUUUGUUGAAUAAAUCUGAGAAGCAUACAAAAUAUGAAUAAAAUCUUAAACAGCCUUUA